AUGUCAUUUCAAGAAAUACCAAUUUUAGAUCUAAACGAUGCUUUUAAUCCAGAAACAAAACCUCAAUUUUUGAAGGAGCUAAGUAAUGCAAUGAUAAAUGUUGGAUUCUUACUAUUGAAAAAUUAUGAGUCUAUAGGGCCCACUGCUCAAGAACUAUUGGAUAUUAAAGAACAAUCUUUGAAGUUUUUUGAGUUGCCUGAUGAAGUUAAAUUAAAAAUCGAAAUGAUAAAUUCAAAGCAUUUUUUAGGAUAUUCAAGAAUAGCAAAUGAAAUAACUGCAUCAAAAGUUGAUUGGAGAGAGCAAUUAGAUUUAGGGACUGAACUACCUCCACCAUCAUCUGAUGAACCAUUAUAUAAAAAUAUAGAAGGACCAAAUCAAUGGCCUGAUUCCGCUGAGAUCCCACAUUUCAGACCAAUAGUUGAAAAUUAUAUUUCCAAGAUGACAAAAUUGAGUACCAUAUUCAGAUACUUGGUAUUGGAGUCAAUUGGUUUAAAAGCAGACGCGUUGAAUGGAUAUUUCAAACCUAAUCAACAAUGUAAAAUGAAAUUAAUAGCUUAUCCAGAUUUAGAUUCAUUAUCCAAUGCAAAAUCAAUUGCUCUUGAAGAUACUCCUUCUUCAAAUCAAGGCGUUGGACCACAUAGAGAUUCAGAUUUAAUAACUUAUAUUUAUCAAGCUACUGAUCAUCAAGAUUCUUUACAAGUUCAAAAUUUCCAAGGUCAAUGGAUUACUGUACCAAAUAUACCUAAUCAUUUGGUUAUCAACAAUGGUCAGACUUUGGAGGCCAUAACACAAGGUGUAUGUAAAGCAACUAUUCAUAGAGUACUCAUUCCGAAAGCGGGUAGUGGAACAAGGAUAUCUGUUCCCUUUUUUCAAACUAUUGAUUUAGAUUGUUCAAAAAGUGCAGUACAAAAUAUACCUGAAGAUAUCAUUGAACAAAAGAAUAGAAGAGAUCAAAAAAUAAAAGAUUGGGCUGUUGAUGUUGGAUUCCAAUUCAAACCUGAUAUUAGUAAAGAGCCAGUGGGAUAUGCUGUAUUUAGGAAUAGAAUUAAAUCACAUCAAGAUGUAGCUAAAAAAUGGUAUCCGGAAAUUUUGAAACAAGUUUUGACUGAAUAUACAUUUUGA